CGAGUAUCUCGACGUGCUUGUGUGGCACAAGCAUUGACAGGGGGCUAUAGCACGUCGUUCGGCUGAAAUCCUCCGGCGCGUGGCUUAACGGCCACUUGCCGCCUAUUCUCUCCGGCCAGCACAAUGUUUAUUACCCUGUGAACGGGUUUCCCCUUCGGCACUUUGCGCUCGUGAUCAUGGACGGACAUACACCCAACCUAUUGGAUUUCCGCUGCAUUUCUUCACCCCUGCGCCGAUGCUAUCCUUUCUCAAUCAUUGCACCCCGCCCUGUAAAUGCCUUCCGUCGAACCUAAUUGCUACUCCGACCUCUCCCUUGCACCGCCAAGGCCCAUGUCAGUGUUUCAAUUGCGUACCUACGGCAUGCGCGGGCCUCCUGUACCGGGGCGCGCCACGUUUGAGAGAGAGAAUCUUUGAACUCUGAGCUCAUCUCUUCUCCAAGUUUCCAGCGAUUCAGUAUCCCAGAACCAAGCAUUUUCGCACCUGAGUUUGUUCUUGCACUAUGCGACUCUUGUGUUUGCCCGGCGCCUAUGGCAGCAUCGAGAAAUUCAAAGUCCAACUUGCACCUCUGGUUAAGGAGCUACAAGAUGACAAGACUGCCGAGUUCCAUUUCAUCCAAGGACCAUACGAGGUAGCACCGCCAGAAGGCUACGAGGAAUUCUUCGGAGGGCCACCGUACUUCCGCUUCAUUGUGCCUGAGGGCGAAGAGGCCGAGAAGGUGGACGUUAUCGAGCGCAUCAGAGACUUCCCACAGCUAGAGACUCCGGAGAUGACAAUGCGCGAGCUUAUGACUUAUGGUGUGGCGAGAACCGACAAGAGUGCUGCGAAUACUCUCCAGUACUUGUACGAUCUCAUGGAGAAGGAGGGUCCGUUCGAUGGGAUAGUGGGCUACUCCGAGGGCGCAACGAUUGCUGGUACACUUCUGUUGCACGAGCAGCUCAUGCAAGAAAACCAUGGUAGGAUGCCCAUGUUCAAGUUCGCAUUGUUCUUUGGCGGUUGGCCCCCUAUGAAACCAACCUUGGAUGGCAUUGUACUCGCUGACGAGAGCGAUUUGAUGAUUGACAUUCCGACAUGCCACAUCAUUGGCUCGCUCGAUCCUUAUCUGCACGGAAAUAUGGCUCUGUAUAAUGUGUGUGAUCCUGAUUCUGCAUACAUAUUUGAUCACGCCAAGGGACACACACUUCCGCGUGAUAAACACAUGGUGAAAGAACUGGGAGAUAUUGUGAGGCGGAUGAUCGAUGAGGCCAACGGUGGUGUUUCGCCGGUGUGAUUGCAAUGUAGAUAUCGAGUGAUAGACUUCACGUGCG